AUGACGAACUUCAACAUCAAGAUCAUAUCGGACACUGUCUGUCCUUGGUGCUAUGUCGGCAAAAAGAAGCUCGACAAAGCCAUCGAGCUCUACCGCAAGGUCUACCCUGGCGGCAAGGAUGACACCUUCACCAUCAGCUGGUACCCUUUCUACCUCGACCCGACCUCGCCCAAAGUCGGCAUCCCGGUGAAUGAGCGCAUGGCGCAACGCUUUGGCGCCGACCGUCUGCCAGCGAUGCAAGCGCGCCUCAAGUCCAUCGGCGAGCAAGAGGGGAUCAACUUCCGGAACGCGGGCAAGAUCGGCAACACGCGUGAUUCGCACCGCCUGAUCCAGCUGGGCAAGACGAAGGGGAACGAGAUGGAGAACCGGGUCGUGCUCGAGUUGUUCAAGAGCUACUUUGAGGGCACGGGCGACAUCACCAGCCAUGCGAUGCUUAUCGAGGCUGCCGAGAAGGCUGGGCUCGACAAGCAGGAGACGAAGACGUGGUUGGAGGAGGGUAAGGGCGGCGAGCAGGUCGAUGCUGAGGUUCAGGAGGCGUACCGACGGGAUAUCCAUGGUGUGCCGCAUUUUACCAUCCAGGAUAAGUAUGAGGUUGAUGGCGCGCAGGAUCCGGAUGCUUUCAUCGAGGCGUUUGCCAGCGUCAGGAAAGGCAAAUAG